AUAACAUUGCGUUGUUGUAGUUCUUGGAGUCCCAGCGAUACGAUACACACACCACCCACUAGAAACACACGCCCAGUAAAUAAAACACCAGAGGAGCAGUUACACCAAAAUCAACACUAAAUACCGUUGGCAUCCAGAUUUACAAAUAAUUAAGCUUAACUAAGACACCAGAUAAAAGACAACAUCAAGCUGAAUACGAUUUGAAAAUUCGACAAGAAAAUUCAAAACCAAAAUUGUAAUUAAAACAAAGCGAAAAGUUUUCGGAAAGCGGAGCGGAAAAGGAGAAAAUCCAAGGUAAACAACAACCACCAAGUAAAAAAGGCCUUCGCAGCGAAAAAAGGGUCUGCUUCCUUUCUUGAGCUUGACAAAUCAAUCGGCAGGAAGAUGGAAUGACCAAAAUUCGCUUAGUUGGCACCCCAGAAAAUGCUGCCACAGCAAGCGGCAGCGGCGGCAAUAACAACUACCACUCAAUCAGCAACAUCGACAGCGGCAACAUCGACAGCGGCAACAUCGGCGGCAGCAACAACAACAGCAGCAGCAGCACCAGCUAGGAAUGGCCAGCGACGUCGCGUGGCAGCAGCAACAGAAGGCUGCAACAGCAACAUUGGCAACAACAACCUCGGCAACAGCAACAGCAAGCUCAGCAGCAGCAGCAGCACCCACAGAGUAAGUCAAAUGCAUUCCAACGAAGAGCCGCCCAUGACGGUGAUCGUCGAUGGGGGCGGUGGCAGCAACGUAUCCGUUUCCGGUGCCAGCGGCCAUCGACGGGGCAGCCAGCGGUUGCGGAAAACCAGUUCCUCCAGUGCCAAUGCCAAGUCGGCAUCGGCGUCGGCGAAUCCUGCGGAAAGGACGAGCAGUGGCCAGAGGUCAUCGCAUCGCCAGACAUCGAAUGCCUCGGAUGGUGGUGGCAGCAGCAGGCGUCGCUAUCAGGGAAAGGAACAUCACGAACGACGCGACCGCCAGGAUCGCCAGGAUCGGCAGGAGCGAUCUGAUCGAACGGAUCGUCAUGAGCGCCGUGAUCAUCGCGAUGAGCAACAGGCGGCACGUCGGCGAACAGGACGCCGGCACAGUGGAGCCUCAUCGCUGAGCGAUGCUACCGCAGCAACAGCCGCAGGACGAUCCCGAUCCAGGGGAGGAGGUCGUCGAACUGGUGGAGCGGUCAGCUCAUCGACCGCCUCCAGUUGCAAUGGCAGCUGCAGCUCCGACGAUGGCGACUCAUCGCACACCUCGUCCUCCAGCUCGUCCAGCUCGUCCGGCGAACCGAAUCUGCCGUAUCCGGGAUUCCCCGAGAUCUCUAUCAGGGCGCUGACGCAGUACACCCGGCCGCGCAACUGGUGCCUGAUGCUCAUCACCAAUCCAUGGUUCGAGCGCGUCUCCAUCCUGGUCAUCCUGCUCAACUGCAUCACACUCGGCAUGUAUCAGCCCUGCGUGGACGACGCCUGUGUCACGAACCGCUGCAAGAUCCUUCAGAUCUUCGAUGACAUCAUCUUCGCCUUCUUUGCCCUGGAAAUGACCAUCAAAAUGGUGGCCAUGGGCAUUUGUGGCAAGAACACCUAUCUGGCGGACUCGUGGAACCGGCUGGACUUCUUCAUCGUUCUGGCGGGUCUGCUGGAGUACGUGAUGCAUGUGGAGAACCUCAAUCUGACUGCCAUCCGGACGAUUCGAGUGCUACGCCCCCUGCGGGCCAUCAAUCGAAUACCCAGUAUGCGAAUCCUUGUGAUGCUUUUGCUGGACACGCUGCCAAUGCUGGGAAAUGUCCUGCUGCUUUGCUUCUUUGUGUUCUUCAUUUUCGGCAUUAUUGGAGUCCAGCUGUGGGAGGGUAUUCUCCGGCAGCGGUGCAGUCUGAUGCGAACCGAAGGCAUGGUCUAUCCCCUCACGGUUCCUGAAGUGUACAGAGUUCGAGUCCGUGUUAACUCGAAAAAUCAUCAGUUUCUAUUGCAAAGCCUGUCGCAGUACUACGAGUUCUCCAAAGAUCAGGACUAUAUCUGCUCCACGCCCAACGAUUCGGGGAUGCAUCUGUGCGGGAACUUUCCGCCCUAUCGCAUUGGUUCGCUGGUCUGUAAUGAAGAGGCCAAGCUGUUCGACUUCAAUGAGCCGACGAACACGUCCUGCGUCAAUUGGAACCAGUACUAUACCACCUGCAAGCAGAGCGGCGAGAAUCCCUUCCAGGGCACGAUAUCCUUCGACAACAUCGGCAUGGCCUGGGUGGCCAUAUUCCUGGUCAUCUCGCUGGAGGGCUGGACGGACAUAAUGUAUUACGUGCAGGAUGCGCACAGCUUUUGGGAUUGGAUAUACUUUGUGCUGCUGAUUGUGAUUGGUUCGUUCUUCAUGAUCAACCUGUGCCUAGUCGUCAUCGCCACGCAAUUCUCGGAGACCAAGAAGCGCGAGAUGGAGCGGAUGCGACAGGAGCGAGCCCGGUACACCUCCACUUCGACCCUGGCCAGCAGCACAAAUAACUCGGAACCGGCCACCUGCUAUGCGGAGAUCGUCAAAUAUAUCGCCCAUCUGUGGCGGCGCUUCAAGAGACGAAUGUUAAAGAAGUACAGAUUAUAUAAGUAUCAGCGACAGCAGCGCAAGGAGGGCCUACUGCCCAAUGCCGACAAUUUGACCUUCUCGCCGUCGCGGAUCAAGUGCCAUCAUCCCAAGUGCCCCAAGUACAGUAAUCGCAAGCCGUCCAGUAUUCAGGAUCAGAUGAUUACCGUCAUGGUGCCGCUUAAUUCGGCUAGCAAUAACAACAAUAACAACAACAGCACCAGUAGCAACCACAACGGCAGUGGCAACCACACUGCUGCCGGCGGUGGCAACAACAGCAACAACAACAACAACGCCGCCAGUUGCACCACAGUGGCGCUGGUCAAUGGGAUAAAUGGUAGUGCCGCAAGUGUGACGAUGUCCUCGGCCCACCACCAGCAACAUCAAUUGCUGCAACAGCAACAGCAGCAACAUCAAAACCAACAACAGUUGCAGCAGCAGCAGCACUCCUCCUCCGACAACACGGAGCAAUCGCUGGCCCCAGACGGAUUGCCGCGAAGUUCCUCGCUGAAAAAGUCCACCGCUCAUCAUCAUCAGCUGAAGCCGGAGGGCAGCACCGCUGAGCAGAAGACCAUAUUGCUGAAGCUGCCGCAGCAAAUGAUUGAUUCCGAGCAGCUGAUUCUGCAGUUGGGAAAUUUGGGCAAGAGUCAUCCGUGCACCUCGGGCUUCCUAAGUCCACCCACCUCGGCCAGCCGGCGACCAUCGGUGAUGUUCAACGAGUACGUGCUGCUCCACACGCCGCCCGCCCUCAACGCAGAUCCCGCAACGGGUGGCACCACCACAACGGCGGCCCCCACAGUUGCCACAGUUGCUGGCACGGUGGCGGCCGCAGCAGCAGCGGCAACCGGAUCCGGCGGUAGCAAUAACAGUCACCAGAACGGCGGUGCAAGUGGCGGAGCUGGAACUGGAACUGGGGGAACCAAUGAGAAAAGCAACAUCUUCUCGACGGAAAAGAUGACCCAAGCUGGCGAUGGCAGCAUCUGGCAGGUUAAUCUACCGCAGACCAUCGGCACCAUUGCCAAUCCCUAUGCCGAUUGCUCUGAACUGGGUAUACACGAUGCGAUGACUUGUCAAGAGCUCUUAGCAUUCUCUGUGGCCUUUUCAGCGGCCUUGCCGACCGGCCAGAGUACGCUAGAGUCAUUCUACACAUCGCUGGCCCGCUGCGAUCCACACACCGCAGAGGCGUUGCGGGCGCACCACAAGCCGCGCUCUGUGCCCACUGGACAAAAUCAAAUGCCACCGGGCGCCGAUGCAGCCACUGUGAUGGUUGCCACAACGGCUGGUGAUCCCGGCCAGACACUCCAGCCCUCGACAGUGUCCGCUGUGGUGGGUGGUGGACCCAUCGGACCCAUCGACAGCCAGGCGGCGAACCAUCGGCGCAAAGAGCACCAUCAGCAGUCGCACCACCAUCACAACAAUAACAAUACCACCAGUCACAGUCGCAACUAUCGCUCACGGCAGGGACAGGGACAAGGACAGGGAAAUUCGCGAAUGCGAGCGGCCCGCGCCCCCACCGGCAACUAUAUGGAGGACUAUGCCUGCUGCUAUGAUCUCUACCAGAACGCCCUGUCGCCGCUGGACGAGCGGCCUAGGCAGAGAUCGCCGACGACUCGCUGCCUGAUCUCCGUGUACCGGUGCAUGUCGCGCGUGUGCAGCUGGAUACGUCGCUACAUUAGGCGAUUGGUCGAGCACAAGUACUUCCAGCAGGGCAUCUUGUUGGCCAUCCUGAUAAACACCCUGUCCAUGGGCAUCGAAUACCAUAACCAGCCGCCGGAACUGACCGCCAUUGUGGAGACGAGCAACGUGGUCUUCUCCGGCAUCUUUGCUGUUGAAAUGCUACUAAAGGUGGUUGCAGAGGGUCCAUUCCGCUACAUUGCCAAUGGAUUCAAUGUUUUCGAUGGCAUCAUCGUUAUACUCAGUGCCAUUGAGAUCUGUCAGACGUUUAUGGGCAACGGAACGGGUGGUGGUGGCUCCGGUCUGUCCGUGUUGCGGACUUUCCGGUUGCUGAGAAUCCUCAAGUUGGUCCGGUUUAUGCCCAACCUGCGGCGCCAGCUAUUCGUGAUGCUGCGCACUAUGGACAAUGUGGCCGUGUUCUUCUCCCUCCUCGUUCUAUUCAUCUUCAUAUUCAGCAUACUCGGCAUGUAUCUGUUUGGCGGUAAGUUUUGUAAAUUUUUGGACGAAUCCGGACUCGAACGCGAGUGCACGUGUCCCGAAAUAAUCAGCCGGCAUCCGCAAUGCGAGUGCGAUCGCAAACACUUCAACAACAUUUUGUGGGCCACAGUCACAGUAUUCCAAAUACUGACGCAAGAGGAUUGGAACGUCGUCCUGUUCAACGGAAUGGAAAAGACAAGUCAUUGGGCCGCAUUGUACUUUGUGGCACUAAUGACGUUCGGCAAUUAUGUGCUGUUUAAUUUAUUGGUGGCCAUUUUGGUUGAGGGAUUCAGUUCAGAGCGAAAUGAACGUCGCGAGCGCGAACAGCGCGAGUUGGUUAAGAAACUGCGUGAGGAGACGCUGGCCGAGAACUACAGCGAUGGUAUGUACGAUGAGUCGCGGAGCGAGGCGGACUCCUCGACCACCAACGAUAGUUACUACGAGGUGCGCAACCGCUGGCGAUCGGCGGAGGAUGUGCGCAAGCUACAGGACUCCGCCGAGCUGAUCAUCGAGGCCAAGAGCAACAUGCACCGCCAGCGCCUGCUGCAGCCCACCCACGACUACCAGAUCAACGAGCUGCCCGCCUCGUCUGCCGCUCCAUCCGCCUCCGGCACAUCUGGCGCCUCCGCGCCUGGCGAGCGGGAGCGGGAGAGGGACAGAGAUAGGGAUAGGGAGCGGGACAGGGAGCGGGACAGAGAGGCGGGCGGCGGUAGCGGCGGCAAGGAUGAGGGGGCGCAGCAUGCCAAGCCGCGCGGCGGCCUCAAAAAGACAUACUCCAUCAAGGAGCGGCGCAGCGAGGCGCCACGCCUCUCCAAGAUCCGGCUCGCCCGGGAUCCGCCCAUCAUCACGACAACCGCGGCCACGCCGCAGGACUCGCCCAGCACCACCUUGGAGCCGGGCAUGAGCUUCCGCCAGUGGGGCGACAUGGAGCCACCCAGUCCGCCCUCUCCGUCGCAUUUGCGACCGCCGAACAUCUUCACCGGCGGACAGCGGAGUCUGGACGAGGGCAUACCCUCCAUCGAUCUCAUCCCGCCCUCGCCGGUGCUCUCCCACAAGCCCCUGAACAUCCUCAAUGCCAGCCAGCUGGGUGUGGGUGUGGGCAUGGGCAUGGGAGGCGGUGUCCCCAGCACCGCCGGCAGUUCGGCCAGCAUGCACAGCGUGAUCAUCGAUGACAUUUCGAAGAGCUCCAGCUCAACAGCGGCGGCAACGCCCAUUUAUGUGCCCACCAUCUCGUCCACAGCAGACGCACAGAGCCAGAGCCAGAGUCACAGUCACAGUCUCAACGAUGUGAGCGUGGGCUCCAGUCCAGGUGGUGAGAUACCCACAACGGGAAUGGGCAGGAAUGCCAACACCGGAGCCUCGACUAGCGGCAGUUCGUCCAGCGAGCGGCUGCCUUUGGCUCCACCGCCUCAGCAGGGGAGUUUCAAGCAGCGCUUACGGCGCGGUAGCUCCAAAAGGCGACGUGCCUCCGCCUUGGCCCUUGGAGCCACCGACACAGAUAAUCCGGCUCGAAGGACCCAGGACGAAGAGGAAGAGCAGCAGCAUCAGCUGAACAAUGGCGGCGACAAUAGUUGUUUGCUGCGAAGCAGCACUGCUGUGGUCAGUGGUUCCUCCUCGGGCACCAAGGAGACCAAUCGCCUGAGUCCACAAAACUCCAUACGAAGGCUAUCCAAUACACUGAGCAUAGGCAGCGGCAGCGUCAGCGGACUGGUGGGCAGUCGUCGGGCAUCGGCAUGCAUUUUCAACUCGCAGGUCUACCAGAAUCUUAAUCAACCGCCCAAACUGCGCCCAGGUUCCGGACAGCGAAGGAUGAGCUCCAUCGAACUUGCGUUCAGCAAGACAUCGCACCUGAAUCUGCACAACUUGGAGGCCAACCGCAAGUCGCUGUCGUACACGAACUCGAAGAUGGACCUGGACAAGUGGAACAAGUCGUACGGCAAUCUGAACGAGCCGGACAACAUGCUGCAACAGUACAUGGAGGCGCGGGACAAGCGCAAGAACUCCAUUAGCCACUACAAUCUGAAGAAGCGGCUCGAGGAAAAGGAGCUGCAGCAGCUGCAGCAGCUCCAUCAGCAACAGCUGCUCCAGCAACGGCAGGACUCCUUCUCCUCGACCACCCAGCAGCAGCAUCUGCAGCAGUUGCAGCAGCUGCAGCAGCACCGCUUGUCCAAGGAUCAGCAGCAGCUGGCGAUGCAGCCACAUUCCAUGGUGCCAGGAGGCGGCGAGCGCUACUCCAAACUCAAGAUGCUCAUCGAGCAGCUGACGCCCAAGCACUUUACCACCGAGCGCGAGGACUACUCGCUCUACAUAUUCCCCGAGAGCAACAGGUUCCGGCAAAUCUGUACGUGGUUUGUCAACCAAAAGUGGUUCGACAACGUGGUCCUGCUGUUCAUCGCGCUCAACUGCAUCACCCUGGCCAUGGAAAGACCAAACAUCCCUCCAAGCAGCACCGAAAGAUUGUUCCUGGCAACAGCCAAUUACGUGUUCACCGUCGUCUUCACCGUCGAAAUGUUUAUCAAGGUGGUGGCUACGGGAAUGUUUUACGGCCACGACGCCUACUUUACGUCCGGCUGGAAUAUCAUGGACGGAUCUUUGGUUACCAUUUCCAUAAUUGAUUUGUUAAUGUCCCUGAUUAGCGAAUCGAGUCCGAGGAUAUUUGGGAUUUUAAGGGUGUUUCGACUACUCCGAUCCUUGCGGCCGCUGCGGGUGAUCAACCGAGCCCCGGGUCUGAAACUAGUCGUGCAAACGCUCUUAUCGUCCCUGCGUCCCAUCGGCAACAUCGUGCUCAUCUGCUGCACCUUCUUCAUCAUCUUCGGCAUCCUGGGCGUUCAGCUCUUCAAGGGCACCUUCUACUACUGCGAGGGCGAGAACAUCAAGGGCGUACGCAAUGCGGACGAAUGCCGCCGUAUACCCGGCAACGUGUGGACCAAUCGCAAAUACAAUUUCGAUGAUCUGGGCAAGGCCCUGAUGUCCCUAUUCGUACUGAGUUCCCGCGACGGCUGGGUGAACAUCAUGUACACCGGCCUGGAUGCGGUGGGCGUUGACCAGCAGCCCAUUGUCAACUACAACGAGUGGCGUCUCCUGUACUUCAUUGCCUUCAUUCUGCUGGUGGGCUUCUUUGUGCUGAACAUGUUCGUCGGCGUGGUGGUGGAGAACUUUCAUCGGUGUCGCGAGGAGCAGGAGAAGGAGGAGAAGAUCCGGCGGGCGGCGAAGAGGGCACUGCAGAUGGAGAAGAAACGACGCCGGAUGCACGAGCCACCGUACUACACAAACUACUCACCCACCCGGAUGUUCGUGCACAAUGUGGUGACGUCCAAGUACUUUGACCUGGCCAUUGCCGCCGUCAUCGGUCUAAAUGUGGUCACCAUGGCCAUGGAGUACUACAAGAUGCCAUCUGGUCUCAAGUACGCACUGAAGAUCUUUAACUACUUCUUCACCGCGGUCUUCAUACUGGAGGCGAACAUGAAGCUGGUCGCACUGGGCUGGAAGCUGUAUCUCAAGGAUCGCUGGAACCAGCUGGACGUGGGCAUUGUCCUGCUCUCGAUUGUGGGCAUUGUGCUGGAGGAGCUGGAGACAAACACGCACCAGAUCAUACCCAUCAAUCCGACAAUCAUACGUGUGAUGCGGGUACUGCGGAUAGCCAGAGUGCUCAAACUGCUAAAGAUGGCCAAUGGGAUUAGGGCGCUGCUGGACACCGUAAUGCAGGCCCUGCCCCAGGUGGGCAACCUGGGACUGCUGUUCUUCCUGCUCUUCUUCAUAUUCGCGGCAUUGGGCGUGGAGCUGUUCGGGCGACUCGAGUGCUCCGACGAGAUUCCCUGCCAGGGAUUGGGCGAGCACGCGCACUUCGCCAACUUUGGCAUGGCUUUCCUCACAUUGUUUCGCGUAGCGACUGGCGACAAUUGGAACGGCAUCAUGAAGGAUACGCUGAGGGAUAAUUGCGAUGACGCGGCCGAUUGUGUCCGCAAUUGCUGCGUCAGCUCAGUUAUUGCUCCCAUAUUCUUUGUGAUAUUCGUGCUAAUGGCGCAAUUCGUUUUAGUGAACGUCGUCGUGGCUGUACUGAUGAAACACCUCGAGGAGAGCCACAAGCAAAUGGAGGACGAGCUCGACAUGGAGGUGGAGCUCGAGCGCGAGCUGGUGCGCGAGCAGGAGUUCGCCCAGGAGCAAAAGCUGUGCCAGCAGCUGGCGGAGGCGCAAUCAAAGGCGGCCGCUCCCCCGCGCCCCCUCGCCAAGGUCAAAUCGCUUCCAAAGAACUUCAUCUACAGCACUCCCUCGCUGGACAAGAAGUUUCCAACGGUUUCGGGCGCCAACAAUCCCAACAAUCCCAACGCCAGCCUAACCAGCUCGGCGGCCACCAAUCUCAACCAGGUGGCGAUGGGGACAGGAACGGGAAGCGGGGGUGCGGCAACGGGAGCGGUACCGCUUGGAUCGGGAGCUGGACCACGUAGGCAGACCGUCCAGUAUUUCCAGCAGCCACCACAGUCCAUGUUCGGCGGCCUGAGUCUGGCCGAGAUGGGCGGCACCCUGACGCCUCAGGCACUCGGUGCCCGAUUGGGCGAACCCUUCGGCGGCGGAGGAGGAAGCAAAUCUGGGCCACGACGCCAAUCCUACUGGCAGAUUAAUCCAAUCCGUAAGCGCGGCGUGCUGUCCAAGGAGCGCUCACUGGACGAGCAGGCCAUCCGUCGACGGAAUCUGGAGGCCAAGCGCACCAGCUGCGACUCGCUCCCAUGGGGCGGAGAUGCCCUCGACUGCCGCAGGGGCACGAUCUUCGAGAGCCUCGAGUCCGAUGGGGGAGGAGUAGGGGGUGGUGGUAGUGGCGGCGCUAGUGGAGUUGGUGGAGUAGGAGGAGGAGGAGGAGUUUCCUACGAUUUACGGAGUGUGCGCAGCGCGGAUGUUGGCCAUUCGCAGACGGAUGGGGAUGUGUCCCUGUCGGUGGUCAGUGCGCUGGUGCCCUCCGUAACGACGCCACUGCCCCCACCCCUGUCCUUGCCCAUUGUGACGCCCACGUCGACGCCCACGCCCCUGCAAUUGCCCAUGCCAAUGCCAAUGCAAAUGCCAAUGCCAAUAACAAUGCCAAUGACAAUGCCGGUGCCGAUGCCGAUGGCACAUCCUCCACCACGAAGACCCUUUGGUUGGUCACAGUCCGUGGACCAAGGAUGCAUGCGGAGCAACUUGCUCCUCUCCGUUCCCAGAUCCUUGCCGCCGCGCAGUCGCAGUGGCAGCACCAAGCAACUGUUCAAACAACAGGCGCUGGACGAGGAUGCCGACAUGGAUGAGAACUCGCUGCUGCUGCCAACAGCAGCUGCUGGAGGCCGAUCAGGACCAGGAUCGGUGGCAGUCAUUGCCUCGAGUUCGCUGGAUCUGCCAGAUCAGAGCGGCAGCUCCAAGCAGAUCCUGCCAGACUCCAUCGCACUGGGGGUCAGCAAGUCCGACUCCUCGGACAUCCUGCGCAUCAUCAGCGAACGGAGGCGCAUGGAUCAGCGGGAGCAGAGGGAGCCCGAGCAGGAUCAGGACAACGAGGCGGAAGACAGGGACAGCGACUACAAGGAGCUGCUCCUGGUCAAGUCCCCCCAAUCCUCCAUGGACUAAAUGCAACACACACACACACAAACACUCUGUAGAUCGUUACAAGUAGUUAUCUCUAAAUAGGGCCAGGCUUACAACAAUAAUGAUUACUGUAGUGCUGACUAACAAGGAUAAUAGCUAGGAUAACAGUUAAGAUAUCCCUGGAUUUCGAAAUCUCUAAGUUGGUCCACCCACAAGCGAAGGAGCUUACUUUUAACCUCUAUAUAUAUACACACAUGCAUAUAUAUACAUAUACAUAUAUGUAUUCUCCAUAAUUCAAAAACCUGGCCGCCAUUAAAGAAUACUUUAGGGAAUUUUCUAAAAAGCUAUAACUAUAGCAUUAGGCUCUAGGCAUAGAGAUCAACGAGUGUGGUUGGAAAGCAGAAAUAAUGAUUAUUCGAUAGCUAAUAUACUAUAGAGGAUGGCGAAUGGCAUACUCUUAGCCAUAAAUCAAGAGGAAAACCAGAAAGCCAGAAAACAAGUAAAUUAGAAUUGAAAGCAAAGUUAAGUAAAUUACAGCUAGUAAGCAAAAUUGUCAACUGUUUUUAGUGCAAUCCUACGGUUUUCAUAACUUUAACAAGCAAAACUUAUAUAUGAAGAACUCAAAUCUAAUAGAUCGCCAGAGAUCGUUGAAAAUCGAUGUAGAUCGAUGAAGAUGAAUAGCUAAGUUUCAAGUUGAUUAGAGUGUUUUCCGUUUAAAUGUAGCUGUCGAAUACGAUGAUGGAUUAUAUACAAGUGUUAUAUGCGAUUUACAUAUAUACAGUUAUAUUACAUUUACAGUUACUUAUAGGGGAUACUGCAUUCGAAACCAAAAUGAUGGAAAUUUGUGAACAAAGAAUCAUCAACUCUGUGAUUAGCUCUUAAAGUUUAAACGUUUAUAUGAGAGGCCGUGCAGACACCAAAACCAAAAACAAAAACAAAACCAAAAUCAAAACCAAAACCAAUACCAAAAACCAAAAACACAAAAACACAAAAACAAGCGAUCUGUAUAUAGAAUGCCUGUAUGUAAGCAUAUGUAAUCGAGUGUAUUUUACGUAGCUAAGCCAAGGAACAAGCAACUGACUAGCGGAAUGAUACCGAAUCCGAAGAAAAAGCCAUCUGAACGAACCCAUUGAUAAGCAAUAGAGAACUGUAGCUCUUAAGAUCGUACCUAGCCCACAAACGAGUAAAGCUGCGUUGUUCCAGGGCGGAAAACGGAUACGGAAAAGGGGAAAACCAUUAGAGGGAAACACAUAAGAACCUUGUGCAAACGAAUUUACUUAGGUACUUAAACACACACCAACACACACACACACACACACCCCUAACCAAUAGCUCGUACGAUCUGGUCGACAAUCUUCGCUAAAUUUAAAUACCCUACCCAUGUCUGACACUCUAUCCCCCCGCCCCCGAGAGGCUUCCAGAACUUCUAGAUCCCGCCCCCCGAGGAAAAACAAGCAGACAUCCGAAAUACAGUGCCAACGCAGUAAGGGUAUUCAAGAUGUUUAUUUUAUAUAAUAAAUAAUAUAAUCCCCCAAGCUAUCCAGCAAUGAGGGUGGUGAAAGAUGGCAGCAGGAGCAACUACAAGUGGAACUUUAAAAAGUAGCAUUUAUAAAGAAUGAAAGAAAGAAAGAUGGGGAAAACCAAGAGAAACGUAGUAGAAAUUUAACGAUUAAUGUUUAAUGACUAUAUAUAGUGUAUAUAUGGAACUAUCAACGAAUUACAAUAGAGUAUCAAGAUAUUUUCUUCAGAAGGCAUAAUUAGAACCAGAAGGCAAAGGAGCGAGGAACUGAGAAGAACACUAACUUAACACUGUCAAUUUUUCAACAUGGUCUAAGCUAAUUUUUUUCAAGGAAAACCAAUGAUCUAAGAAUGAAAACAAUUUUACACUCUUUGUACACACUGUAAAAAAAAAAAUAGUAAGGGGCUCUCCAGUUUAGAUAAACUUUAAAAUCAAACUUAGCAAACGAUUAAACGAUUCGGGCGAAAGCGAGGAAAAGAAGAAGCAACAAAUUUAAUUAAACGAUAAUUUCAUCUGUGCCUUUCUCUACGAAUAUAUAUAUAUAUAUAAAUAUAUAUUGAAAAUGUAUCAGAUACUGUCUCUAUCUCUUUCUACGCUCCCACUUCCUCUCUCGCACACACACGCACACAAUGAAUACACCCUGCUCACAAUCACACUCACACCAACACAGACACCAAGCAAGCAAUGCGAAAUGUAACGGUGAUGGCAAGCAGUGCCUCGCGUAGCUGAAAAUGCAACUCUGCAAACUAUUUACGAGGCAGGAAGAAAGAAUAAUAACGAACAACCAAAAUAACUACUUAAGCUAAUAAAGAAAGAAAGAAAGAAAGAAAUGAAAACCGAAAAUACAAAAAUCCAAAAACCCAAAAAAUGAACGUAAAAAUACAAAUAAAAUUAAAAGCAUGAAGUUUAUAGGUUAAUGCGCUAGUAGUUUUGAAAUUUUUUUUUGUAAUUUUUUAAACGUAGCCGCUUUGAAGUAAACCAAAUGAAACUAUAUACGUUUUUGGUUUUAGUUGUGUGUGUCUGUUUUUUUUUUGUGCGAAGCGUAAAGCAACUAUAAAGAGCGUUUCUUCUUGUUGAUUAAUAAUUAGGUAAAUUGCUACAAAACAUAAGUUAAUUAAACCAAAAAAAAAACCAAAACGAGAGAAUACAGUAAAACCGAAAAUAACCGGAAAACCAAAGCGAACAGCAAAAUUAGAAAAAGUGAGUUAAAUUUAAAAAUUAUUGCCAUAACGGCCAACGAAAUGCAAGCUAAGCAAAUUUGCUUUUAGCUCCAUGCAGGUACAAGAGAAACCCCGCCCCAAAAAAAAAACCAUUGAUUCUUUGCAAACUAAAAUAAGCCAAUUAAAUGUGAAAUUGUUUAAGAAGGCCAUAAGUAAGCAUAACUAAGCACUAUCCCCUGCUGCAAGGCCAGAUACCGAAACUCUCUCUGUUAGACAAAUAGCCAAAAGCCAAGUUGUAAUCAUUUCGUUGCGUGAUCUUUGCGUAUAAUUUGAAUGGUUCGAUUGGUUCCACUAGAGAUACGUACAUAUAUACUGAGAACACAUACUAUGUAAAGCAGCGAAACAAAACCAAAAAAAAAACCUAAGAAAACGAGCAUUAUAAAUUAAAGAGAAUUUGAAAAGAACGUA